GAGCAAAUGGAAGAGAUGCGUCUGAAAGAGGAGAGAAUGGAACGGUCAAUGUCUGAUGUAGCAGCCGAGAACCGUCGCCUCCUUGAUCCACUUAACAAGGCGAAGGAGGAGAACAUAGAGCUAAAACGGCAGCUGGCCAGUUACGAAAAAGACAAGGUUGCACUCAAACCACUAUUUUCAUGA